AUGCCUGCCGCCAACCGAGUCGUCGCCCGCCCCGCCCGUGGUCGCCUGGCCCUCUUACUCAUGUACCGCUCAAGCUACUACCGCUACUAUCGCUACUACCCGCUACUACCCGCUACUACCGCUACUACCGCUACUACUGCUAUUACACAGCCACAGCCACAGGUACAGCCACAGACCCAGACACAAGCACAAGCACACACACAUGCAUACGCACACGCACACACACAGACAGAUGCCCCGGCCGCUCAUCUCCGGGCAGCGGCAGCAGAAGCAGAAGCAGAAGCAGAAGGAGGAGAGGAAGAAAAGGAACCUAACAUACGCCGCCGCAAGCAGAUCCGCCGAGCAAGAGAAGAAGAAGCAGCACGAGCCGCUCAGGCACAAGCACAGAGACAGGCGCAGAGACAGGCAUACGCACACGCGCACACACAGACCGAUGCCCCGGCCGCUCCUCUCCCGGCAGCAGCAGCAGAAGCAGAAGCAGAAGGAGGAGAAAAAGGAAAGGAAGAGGAGAGGAAGAAGGAGAAGAAAAGAGAAUCACCAAUUGGUGAACAAAACCUCUGGAGACAAAGUAGUGGUGAAUGUGACAGAGUAUGGCGGCUGGAAGAACCCAACCAUUCUGCAACCAAUGAAGAUGACGAAGCUACUAUUGAAUGCAUGUACCUCAAACCCCAGCGGGAAGAUGAGGCUACGAAGAAGAAGAAGACGAAGACAUGGAUCUGGAAGCUCAAGAGGCCGAAGAGAUGGAGAUAG